AUGACAGUACAGCUUCCACUGUUAGUCACAUCACCUGCCCCUCUUCCGUACCGGACGCAGAGCAACAUAUUUGGUGGUCUAGAUGAUAGUUUACUCGCGCGGGCAGAGGCCCUGGCGGCCGUCGACAUCUCGAAGGCAAACUCGCCACCCUUAGUGAAGCCAGACAGUGUGUACUGUCAUACGGACAUGUCUGGCCAUACAGCAGCUACCUCAAGGCCACAGAUGGGACCCAUCCACGGGUUCUCGUCCUCGGACUCUAUGCUGGACCAAAUGUCAGCUUCUAUGCCCUUAUCAUCGAUGACGGACCAUCACAACAGCCUGGGCGGGAUGCACCCGAACAAUCACGGGGUUUCUCAGCCCCAUCACAUGUACCCACCGGCGUACUCUCACCCGGGUGCGAACACUAUGAACGGGCACCAUGGUUUACCUACUCACCAUUCCAUGCACCAUACCAUGCAUGAUCAGGAGUGUGACCCCAGGGAGCUUGAAGCAUUCGCAGAAAGAUUCAAACAGCGUCGGAUAAAACUCGGGGUGACGCAAGCUGAUGUUGGGUCAGCUUUAGGGAACUUGAAACUCCCGGGUGUGGGCUCCUUGAGCCAAAGUACAAUCUGCCGAUUCGAAUCCUUGACUUUGAGCCAUAAUAAUAUGAUAGCUUUGAAACCAGUGCUUCAGGCUUGGUUAGAAGAGGCUGAGAGAAUUGCCAGAGAGAAAAAGACAAAUCCGGAUAUGUUCCCGAAUGCCGCAGAAAAGAAGCGGAAGCGUACGUCCAUUGCAGCUCCGGAAAAACGGUCACUGGAAGCAUACUUCGCAGUGCAACCACGGCCUUCAGGUGAAAAAAUAGCACAAAUUGCUGAGAAAUUGGACUUGAAGAAAAACGUUGUGCGGGUAUGGUUUUGCAAUCAAAGACAGAAGCAAAAACGGAUGAAGUUCUCUGCACAGCAGCAUUGACUUUAGGAGGGACGGUGUUGUUGUAUAUAUAUGAUGCUAUGGACUUUGUAUUAUUAUGUAUAAAAGUGUGUGCAAUAUUUCGUCUUGGGCCAUGUUCGGUUCAGGAGAACUCCAAUUGUCCAAACAUGUUCUACAGGUUCAGUGCUACCGGCUCCCCUCCAUCGACCUACUACAAAAAUCGGAGGCCCGGCCUGCCACCUAAGGUUUGUAUACCUCUGUCGUUCAAAUUAAUUUACAUGAUUAUACAUUUACGUCAUGACACUACGUUUGCAUUUACUAUAAAAUACAUAAGAAUAGGCCUAAAGUCGUCUUGUGUAUUUGGCAUUUAUUACAUUUCUACGCCAAAUGUAUUUUAAAAGUUUUAUAAAUUUUUAUAUUUUGUGAUACAGCCGGUUUGAAUAUCAUCGACAAGCGAAAUUUUUCCCGAGCCUGGUAUCUGUCAUGCCUUCCCAAGGGGCAGUAGUGUGCCUGGCAUGGUCUACAUCAAAGAUUCGAUGAUCUCUUGAAACGUCAUCUGUCACACACUAAUAAGAUUGAUGUGACCAUCAAAUCAUAACCAGAAUGGCAUAGUUGUAUGGAAAACAAUGGAUUACAUCCACAAAGCAUGAACAGGCAACACAUGCGGGCAAAACACUGACCACCACUUUGGAACUGCGUGGAAACAAACUGCUGCAUAGUGAGACUGUCAUUUUUCAGCCAUUUUGUUCCUUGUGAACAAUGCCAAUAUUGUUCUGGACUGACUAUGUCUUGCAUGACACUGAGCGCUUGACCAAAUAUAAAAAACACCAUUUUAUGGUUGAAACCGUAAGGCCAGCUCCAAUUUUUAUCUUUGAAUGAAGUUAAAUUCAGAAAUGAAUUGCCUGAUAUUGUAUCAGCCCCAAACCAUAUUCUUAAAUCGCUGGCAGCUACUUUUGCAAGGGCUGAUAUAACAGAAACAGAAUGUCAGGCAUAUUAACCCAGUAAUUGAUAUUUGUUAUGUUAUGAUGUUCAUCAUUCCGGGAACCGAUUGUUUACCAGUGUAAACAUGUCGCUCAUUGCAAAAAUUCCCCUGAAAUUAGUCUUUAUCCUAUAUAAGAUAUGUUAAGAAAAGUAUGCCUGCUAGAUGCAUUUUUCUUCCGAACACUCAACGUACACUAGCAAUCACGUUUUCCAUGUUUGUUGGUGCUUAUUUUUAAUCGCAUAAACCCAUCGACUUGUAUUGUCUAUGUCUCGUGAAGAAAUGUCAACUUUUGCCAAGACUUUUGACAAAACUCGUCUGUUCAGUUGUACGUUCUCCGCCUGCCAAACAGCAGUAGAUUCAUCUUUCUAAAUGUUAUCAUUCAUCAAGAUGCGGACCAUCCACGGUCCACACGCAAUUGGCCACUUGAUGUUUAUCACCAGCGACAACCUCCAUUUUUUUCAAAAUGUCCUACGUCUGUAAUAAACUACUGCUGCCGGAGUCAUCAGAGUAAUCUAUGAAUUAACGUCACCCUUUUUAGAAUUCCUUUUCGAUGAUAUUCAUACCAAUUCGUGUACAUGUAUUUUGUUGAUUAGUUUAUUGUCUUUUGUAGUGUUAAGGGAUUAUGCAAUGGUACUCAUACGUGGUAUAAACUUUAUCGUUAUGCUCAUCCUGGAAAUUAAAUGCAAUGGACAUGUGCUUAUUUUUCGUCAAGACAACCCAUACCAUUCAUGAAUGAUUUUGUCUAUUGGGUAUUCGAAACAUUUUAUUAUUCUUCCAUUUUGAAUAACGACCUAUGUUUAAUAUGUCCUGAAAUGUUCACACAUCGCUGAGAUGCUACUAAAAAGUGGGUUCCUCGGCAAGAGAAAAGUCAGCCAAUCUGAGAAUUUUUCCUCGAUGUUGAAGGUAUGAAGGAUCAGGCAGUAAGGACAUCACGAGCAAUUAGCCGCAUUGUCGUAGAGGGAUGUCAUGUUAUGUAGGCCUGAAUCCCAAUCGGGAGGUAGAAUACUCCCGAUUGGGGUGUAAACAAACAUUUAAAUUGAUAUGCACAAAAAAUACUUCAAAAUUUUCUGUGUUGUUCGAUCCUGUGGAAUGUGUUGGUUAACCGUCAUCAGGAAAACGUGCUUUACGCACUGAAAGGAAAAAUUGAAUAUUUCCAAUCAGUCAAAUAUUAGGAAAGUACGUGUAAUCUACGUUUUCACUGGCAAUAUCAAGUUAGAACUCACGGAUUUGUGGAUUUCGCAAACAGGUGUAGAAUCACCAAUAUACAAAUUCAAUCUACUAAUAACAUAUCAAAUCCAAAUGGUUUCCAAAACCGAUUUCCAGUCGAUUCAAACCUUCAUCCCUCCGUUGAUUGGUCACUCAUUCCAACGAACUCGAAAGCGACGUUUACUCAACAAACCACUCGCCUUUUGAGUUGGGUUCAAGCCACUAUUCUGCUUAAUCUCGUUGGCUUGUGUAAACUUCAUGCAGAUCAUCAAAACUCCAAACUGUCUUCAAACAAUGCAGGGUGUUCCUUGCCAAUUUCAUUGUUUCUGACAAACCCUGACAGGUGGAUAGUUAACAGAUUAUCAUCAUGUAUACAUUUGCGAAUAUUGGCUUGUAAUGCGAUAGUGGUUUCAACAGUGUUCAUAUUACGUAAGAAGUGGUUUCAAAAUUACGAUAUUUAUUCAACCGUGUGCGAGAUAAAAUGUCUUGCAAUAGAAAAAUUACAGAAGAUCAAAGUUUUAUUUUUUACAGUAUAUGCGAUAGUGUAUGACACGCUUUAACAUUCUGUACUGUUAUACAUUCCUGCAAUGAUAUUUUGCGAUAGACACAUUAGUGUAACGUUCUAGUGUAUAAGACGCACUUUUCUUUACAUUGAUGAGCAAUUUUUGUCUAUUUUAAAAAAGUUUAAUGAACAGGGGUUCGAAAAGAAAUUAUUUGUUCUAUCAAAAACUUCCGACCCGGAUUGAAAAAGCUCCUGUUUUCUGCUGUUUUUAGUGAACAUAUUGUACAAACUAUCGCUCAGUAAAGUAAACUAUAAGUGCGCCUUAUCCACACGAAUUGCCAGUAUGCCAUAGUGCAUAACUGAAUACACUACGCAGGGUGCGCGUAACCGGAGAGGUUCGGCGGCAUGAAAUAUUCAAGGAAUCUUUACCACUAAAAAAUUGAUGACGACCACUCGGUGUAGUGCAACAAUGUGUACUACGUUCCUAGUGGAAGCCAUCAAUACGGCCUGCGGUGGAGUUCCUUGGGUUCACACUGGGAGUUUUUUUUCGAAUUUCACCAUUUCCUAAUUUUUUCAAUAGGGAAUGAGAACAAGGAUCAUUAUGAUAAAUUGUAGCCUACGACAUGCAUAUUGUCAAGAAAUUGUUCCUCUCGAUGAAGUCAUUAUCGCUGCUACGUGCUCCUCAGUGAUGGAACGCCUUCUAACUUAUAACGUAUUGGAAAUGUUGGCCAAAAAGCGUGCAAUUUCUCUCUAUCCUUUACUCUAAGAAUUAAUAAAGACUCUUUAUAUACUCUUGUUUAAACUGAUUGAGGGCGAUUUGGACAACUCUUUGUCAGAUCAUUGAACAUUUAAAUCCCAGUGUUUGCUUCUGAACUCCCUGCUCGGUCACUUUUUCAUCCGUAUUGUCUCCGUAGUUGCAAUUUUUGCAACCAUAUUUUCGAAAGGUUGGUAUAUUUAUGGUUUACAUGAUGAGCGAAACGUAACACAGUGAUGUAUUGGUGGUGACUUCGUAAUCAAUUGAGAUUAACAAGUAUUUAUAUGAUAUUACAGACCUUUCUUGGCAUGACGUAAUCAGUGACGUCAGAGAUAUAUUCAGGAUUUCGUUCAUUUACAUGUUCAUGUUUAAUUGGGCUAAUGUGGUUUGUAAAGAUAAUUGAACUAGCGCUACAAAAUAUUUAUUAAGUUCCAUACAUUUUUUUUUGUGUAUUGAUAUAUUUCAGUUGUGUUCAAUGAUCAAUCAAAUUCAAAGAAAAUCUUUGACUAUGUGCAAGUAUUUGUUAGUUUAUUGUGUUACAAAUUACUGCUAAUGUGAUGAAAUGAUGUAUACGACAAAUUGAGUUGGGAUGAUGCUAUUAGAUAGUUCGCGCGUGAGAGUUACAAUACCUUUCAGUAACAAAUUGUAAAAGAGCAACAUACGUUUAUUUAAUGCUGAACGUAGUGUAUCAAACUGUACAUUGUACCGGUACAUCGUAUCUAAGUUGAUUGUGAACCUAUAGGCAAGAUUUAAUGGGUUAUCAUUUACACUGAACGUAGUGUAUCAAACUGUACAUUGUACCGGUACAUCGUAUCUAAGUUGAUUGUGAACCUAUAGACAAGAUUUGAUGGGUUAUGAUUACACUAUUCAUGCUCACUGAGCAAAAAUGCCCACCUUUGAAAAAGAUUUUGUCCCAUGUUACAAGAUAGAUUCAACAUGUGAUUCAUUUGGACGUAAUGGAAUGAACAUUCCAACAACAGCUUAUUUGUGUUUAAACUAAAAAUAAAAAAACACGACAAAUUGUGAAAAGAAAUCCUGGUGUGAAUAAGCUUGCCAAGGUAGAGAGUGUUCAUCAACCCUUCUCUCAGAUUUCUUUGUGGUGUUGUCUUUAAGCAAAGUUAUGUGUCACCAGCAGUAUAAUGUAGAUCUUCUGAGAAAAUGGUUAUAAAACGUUGAUAUCAUGAUAUGACAUGCAGCUAAGUGGAGUCCAUUCCACAUCGCUGUCUAUAAUUUCUUCCUAAAUCCAAUCUUUAACGAAUAUAUGAUGAAUUUGGUCUUCAAAGUACUUGGAUAAUUUUCAGUUUCAUAUCCCAGGAAUGAGAGGACUUAUUCAAGAAUAGUAGGCUGCGACUAAUCACAAAUCAAAUCAUAUGAUAUAUUGGGCCUCAUUGCAUUACAUAUCACUUUAGAUUCCAGCUCGAUUUUCUAGCAAUUUUCGACAUCUUUUUGGCGACUUGUGGCAAUUUCUUUAUUCUUUCCUGCAAGGAGAUGUGAGGUUUAUUAGAUUUCUGAGGAUUUGGCGAAAUGUAUUUAAUGUUCACAACAGAAGCAUCCGGAGAACUCCCAAUUCUUUCAAUUGCGGUUAAAAUGCACACAAACACUGGCUAUCAUUCGUCAGGCUGCACCAUUCUUGUUCCACAACAAAUACUCUAAUUUCACUUUUAAAAAGUCACCAUCAGAUAUUCAUUUUGUGCCACUAUCAUGAUGAACUUUUUACAUGAAUCAGUUUGCAUGAGAAGUACCAUAUUUGGCGCUAUGAUUAAUGGAAUCAAUCAAAGUUGCCUGGGCCAAUACAGAACAUCAUACUUGUGCAAAGCAUUAUCUUUUGCAAAUUAUUGUCCAUUAAAGCUUGGUGUGUCAUGUUCCCAAGAAUCUCCACAAUAUUCUCCAAAUUUGGUUUGUCUGUCCUGACCACCGCCAAACUUUUAGAAAUCUACCACAUUCACCCUAGAAACGUCCAAGUUCCCCCACUUUGUCCAAUUAGCAAUUCGGGCCCCUGGUCAUUAUUAACCAAUCAGAAGACAUCUAACAUGCUUGUUCGGCCCAUGCCAGAACGACGCUUGAUCGCCCUAUGGAUUAGGAAGCUCUCGAUUGGUCAAUACAGGCCAAGGGGCAAAAUAACUUGCUGUAUGACAGUGGCGAAUGGAAGCGUAACAAGCGAUCAGAGAAGAAUCGCUUUACGGUAUUCUACAAGUCGUUACAUUACUGAUUCUUGCUUGCAUUUAUAACGUCUCCUACCGAUCUCCGUUUUACAAGUGUAUAUAAUGUGAAUACUGUGUAUAUUUAUUUGAAAUUUAUAUUUGAAUAUUUUGUACUUGUUUAUUUAUUGAUUAUCACAGGAAUAGCAUUUAACGUAUCUCCUAUGGCAUAAUACUCUUACAUUGCGAGUCACACGAAACAAAUUACAUGUAUCAUUAAUUUUUGUCACUUUCUUUUUUAUGGAAGUCCUAUGUAUAUGUUCUUACUGCGGAAUUAUUUAUACAGUGCUUGGAUAUAUGGCUAUAUUUCAAAUUGGUCUGUGGAAUGAUUCCACCUUUUUUGUUAUGUUAUGACUGCACAGUGCAUAAAUGGCUUGGUUGAUAGCUGGGAACAUAAUACACGUUCUAGUAAUUUGACCAAGAAGGCUCGUGUAGGUGAUAAAUGUAGAAAUUUGGCAGUGAUCAGACCUCGCGUAAAACAAAUAAGAUAAGUUCAAGCUGAUUCAUCAAAUGCAUUAUACUAGUUCUGGGUCAAAGCAGACCCGCCGGAAUCCUUUGUCCAAACGAUUUUGUAGGGCUUUUGUCAGGGCCUUUCACCCCAUUAUAAUUAUAUCAGCCACUUUAGAGCCCGGCGAGCCCGUUGGCGCCCAUAACUGGCACAUUCAAUUUGAUGAACCGGUGUGAAGAUAUCGACAGAUAAAAAUGUUAUGAGGCUUGUGGGUUGAAAAUCAAACGACUGUUGAACACGGAACACGUAUUUGAUCAUGACGCAGGCACUCUACCCAGCUGGAUACAGCCGUGCAGUUUUUAAUCGUUAAGAAAUGGCAAUUCUUUCGCGAAUGUAUAUAUAUUUUCUCAAAUUUAAAAAAGAGGCAUGUUGUUCCACAUGUUAAGUUACAUUGGCCUUACAUAUUCGAGUUGUCUACUUUCCGCCAUAUCAAGAUCAAAGAAGUCUGAGACUUUGGAAGUACAUUGUAAUACAUGCAUCAUUUUAUUCACCCUACCAAAUAUUGGUUGACGAUAGUAGACUUCUACAAGAUAAAUCGUCUUCUUUUCAAUGGCUAUCGCUACUGUUGGCUGGUUGUUUCCUAAUCUUUGUCACAAAAUACUCGCCUUGAAUCCUUUUUACUAGUCAGUAGUAGCGAUUCUAAGGCUAAUAGGGAAAUGGCAUUUUAAUGAGGUUCUAAAACCCCUUUAAAACGCACGAGUACCAACCAUCACGCCCUAGUACGGAAAAGUUAAUGAACUAUUUUAUCACUGCACUUCCGAGUCCGACAAAAUACCCUGUAUUUCCUUCGUUCAGAGCUACGGUAUCGUUCCGUGAAUUGAUAAAAAUUACUCUAUAAUCGGAGUUCAAGGAAAAUGUAAUUUUUUUCUGAUUCAUGUAGUUCCAAGGUCACAACUGCCCUCGCUGAAUUACAAAUUUAGUAGUCUUGAUUACAACAUAUACAUUCAAGUAAGUUGAUACCGGUGUAAUAUAUGUCGGGUAGUGUUUCGGUUUGUCAGUGUUACCUCAUUAUAAAGUAAAGGCUGGAACACGAAAUUGAUGUCUACUAAUUGUGAAGGAAGGGCAUCUUCCCACCGUCCAGUUGGUAGGGAGAUACGGAGAAUAUCAAAAAUGUUACACGGGCUGAAGUCAUAGUGUGGUGACUGCAGAGGUACAUGUAGUUAAAGUUGCGUAAUUGCGUAUCUGAGAAUUGAUGGGGAAUAUACUUUUACAGAGUCAUGUGUAUUUUACUAUGAAACGGAAAUUUACUCGGAAUGAGGACUCGAAAUGAAUGCAUUUAUUGUGAUUUUAUCAUCAAUGAAAUGACCUUAUAAAUUGCUAUGUCUGGUGCGCUUGGCAAGAGGCAAUGGCCAUAUACGUAAUUGAGAACACUGGAACAGCACUGUAGCUACGAUGUUAUAUUUUGAGUGUGCAUCCUUUAUACAAUGUAUGUUGCAUUUUUCAGUAAGGUCAUGUUUACUUAACAUCAUGCUAACUUAAACAGUCACCUUAAAUUAUUCACGCCAUUUUUAUCAAACAUUGCAACACUGAAGUAAAUUGACACACUCGGUUUUAAAAGUCCAUCGGAAUCACAAAUGAGAAAAUUAUUCCGUUAAUUAAUUGAUUAAUUUGAUUAGUCAACAAAAUGUGAUUGUGAUCUGAGCAGUAAUCAACGCCAUAAAAAUCUUGAUAUAUAGUGUCUCAUCCUUACCAAAAAGUUAUGUGCAGUUAUACAUGUGCAUCAAUGUCCAUGCGAUAAUGUGCACUUGAUGUCAGGUUGAUGUACAUCAUGAGUGCAUUUCGUGUACAUACGAUGUACAGUUAAUGUACAUACCAUGUACCGCUAAUGUACAUGCGAUAUACAGAAGAUGUAAAGCUAAUUUACAGACGAGGGUCAGUUACUGUAAUGCACAGUGAUGUACAUCCACCUUAUCUCUUCUUAGGGUGCUGCAGACUAUGUUCUAAGUAAAUCUUCCAAAUAACGAGACUGUAGUAUCCUGGCCACAACUCAUUCAAAUGCAGUAAAAGUCAGUACAGCCUUGCAUUAUUUAUGGAGUAGUAAAGUAUGCCGAGGAACGAGGUAAAUUAUACAAGGAUCUACUGUUCUCUUUCUAAUUGUUUUUUACCGUUCAUGCACAUGAUAAUCUAUGUUUUGCUUAGCACAAACCCUGUUUUGUUGGUCUUCUUAGAGCCGGCCUGCACCUCAAUUUGGGCCAAUCUUCCACAGUAUGAAAUAAA